AUGAAUAAGAUCUAGACCUCCUUUUUAAAUCGUUGUUUUCGAUCAAAUUUAGGAAAAUUUAAAAUGAGAACCCAGAUAUUAAUUAUUAAUGGUAUAAUUUUGGCAAUUAUCAUUCCUUCAAUCAUAUUGACCUAGACGAUAAAUUUAUAUUAUGUUUAGAAUAUACUAAGCAAUUCAGAAAAGGAUUGUAUGCUGAAGUAGAUGUUUAAUCACUUAACAAAUUCAGCAGAUUCAAUUAAUGAAUAACUCAAUUCUUUAUUUACAAGAAGUAUAAAUUCAUAAAUUAUACAAGCGUAAAUUACUCUUACUAAUUUGAAUUAAUUAUAUUGGCUUUAAUUAAGAAAUAAUAUCUGGAUCAAUAAACCAAUCACUCGUCUAUGUGACUAUAAUUCCACUCAUAUGCCUCCUGAACAUUCUUAUUCUAUUCCAUGUUAUCAGUAUUUUGCACUUAAUUAAAACGAUAUUGAACCAUUAGAAGAUUAAACAUAAUACAUAAUUAGAAAUCAUACUUUUUUAAUAAGUUCGAUUAUUUUAAGUAUGAUGGGUCUUGAUGAUCCAUUUAUUCCUAAUUAAUUUUAUUUUGUAUCUUCAAUAGAUUUUUAUGAAUUCUAUUAUAUUUACCCAUAAGAGGUAAAGUUAGAAAAUUUCCAUCCAUCAGACAGAAUUUGGUAUCAAUAACAUUUUCUAAAUUUACAAAAAGAUAAACGCAAUAAUACUCAAUUAAGUGAUGUUUAUAAAUAUUUUGGAAAUGAACCUACUUAUUCUAUGACUAUGACGUAAUCAAUGUUAAAUUUAAAUUUGGAUGUUGAAGGAAUUUUUUGUUCAGACAUAAUUUUUUAGAAUAAUAUGAUUAGGAUUGAAACCAUUAAUAUUAUGAUAGCUGAUUAAAAAGGGUAAUUAUUAUUGACAAAUUAUAAAAAUAAAGAAAUAUCUAAUUCAUCCCAACUUAAAAACUUCGCAGAUUCAGAAAUAACAGGAUUCAAUUCUGAAGAUUGGAAUUCUCUAAUUAAUUAUUACUAAAACAAUACUGUAGAGUCUUCUUGUCAUUUAAAUACAAUCAAUAUUUUAUGCAGAUAUAACACAGUUUAUGAAAAAGAUGUUGUAAUAACAAUAUAAAAGCUUAGAAAUAUCAAUUAUUAUUUGAUUCUCUUUAAUGAUUUGUAAAUUGAGAAUGAUAUUACUGAAUAAAUGAAAGAUUUAAAUCAAAUAUUGCAUUAAGAAAUUUAAUAGAUAGCACUUAGUGCAAUAUUCAUUUCCAUAUUUUUAAUUUUUGUCUCAAUUGUUUUAAUUUAUUUAAUUUUUUUACCCAUUUAUCAAGUGAUUAAUUAAUCAACUUUAUUUCUCAAAAAAAGUCAGUAACUUAAUAAAACUCAAUCAUUUCUUUUUAAAAAUUAAAUUCGAAAUAAAAUAUUAAAAAAAAGAGAAGAACAAUAUACUAGCAGUAAUUUAUAUAAUUAAAAUAGGUAAUGCUUUAAUUUAGUUUAAAGUUCUUUUUGAUUCAUUGUUUGAUAGAGUCUUAACAUAAACAAUGACAAUAAAUCCAUAAUGUAAAAUACUUUAAAAAUUUAAAUACCCCAGAAAAAAUACACUUUAUUUUUUGAAAAUACAGAGAAUUUUAAAGAAAGAUUUAAUUAAAGAUAAUUUAGAUGGAAAAUAUAAUGAGAAUUGGAAUAAGAUAUUUAAUCUAAGGACAUUAUUCAGUUUAAAAAAUUGA